AUGUCCAUCCAUCCUUAUCAUAACCUAGGAGAUAUCCAACUCCUUUCAGUAGACGGCACGAUCCUUAUGGCUGAUUCCUGGCGUCUCGCCAGAUCAAGUACCUUCUUCGCUGGUUUGUUCGACCUCCCUCCACCCACCUCAACACAUACAUCCUACCCCAAAAACCUACUAAGCUUGGUAGAACCUAUCGAAGUAGAAUUUUUCGCAGAAGUUAUCGACCUCUUCUUGAACCUGAUAAACGUAUCCAAGCCUUCAAUUCCGUCCUCUGCUUUUCCACAGACUCUGGACCUCCUGGAACUCUGCGAUAGAUACGAUGUUAAUGAGAAUAUCCAAGGAUUAGUUCGAGAUAGACUACUUAUGCAAACUGAAGAUCGUCAAUGGCAGCUCCUUAUCUGGUCCGGUAAACGAAACGAUAUACACAUGGCUCGAGAAGCCCUUCGACGAAUGUCUCCACAUUCCUUCAUAGCCAGAACGACAUAUGAGAGCUCAAGGGAAGGGGUGUUCGUACCUCUCUGGUAUGCGUUGGGCAAGUUACCGCAAUCUUGGCAAUUGGAGAUACUCCGUCUGGCUUUCAUCCCUAUCAAUCUCAACAAGAGACCAGGGGUGAAGUCGUAUCAGUUUGAGGUUACGGGCGAUUGGGAUUCGGUCUCGCAGAAAUUCACUCCUAAAUAG